AUGCGUUCAGAUUUCUCCGUCUUCGCUCUCUUCACCGCUGGCCUGUCGGCCGUGGUCAGCGCCUACACCACUCCGGUUGGAGAGCCCAGUGGCAACCCCAUCCUCAAGCCUGGCUUGGGCGACAUUGUUGAUGCGGGCAAGCCGUACGAGAUCACCUGGGACACCACUACCCCUGGCUUCGUGACUCUGGUUCUCCUCCGUGGCCCGUCUACCAACGUCGAGCCGCUGUACCCCAUCGUCGAGAACACCCCCAACACCGGCUCCUACUCGUGGACUCCUGCCUCCGAUUUGGAAGAUGAUGUGACCGGAUACGGCAUCCAGCUGAUCGUCGACUCCACCGGCCAAUAUCAAUACUCCACCCAAUUCGGCGUCUCCAACCCCGGCGUCUCCGGCCCCACCACGGGCAAGCCCUCCGGCUCCAGCAAGCCCUCCGGCUCCGGCAACAGCACCCUGGAGCCGACCUCCAAGCCUACCGUCUCCAGCAGCGCCUCCUCCAACUCUACCAGCAGCAGCGCCGGCCCGUCCAAGAACUCCACCACCACCCAGACCACCAUUGCCACCUCCGCCCGCACCACCCCCACUCCGACCAGCUCCCCGUCCCGCACCGGUGCUGCUCCGAGCGCGACUGGCGCGGCCGUCAAGGGCUACGUCGUCGGUGCCGGAAGCCUGUUCUUGGCUGUCGUUGGCGCCAUGGCGGCGUUGUAA